AGAAUGUUAACUUUUAGAUAGCUAUAGUACUUACAUGAAAAUACCAUCACUAAUAACUUUAAAAUUCGCUGCACUGCUGAUUCUGCUGUUAUCACAGCCUCGGAAUAUUAUCGAUUAAAAAAGUAUGGACGACGACGACGACUCAUUUGAUGAGGUUUUGGCUUCAAUAGAAAUGCCCACAGAGCCAAAGCAGCCAAAGGUGCAGAAACCGGCACCGUCCACUGACGUCGGCGCGGAUCCAGUGGCCGCCAGCGUUUCGUCGAACACUCCAGCGAAUCCACAUUGCAUUUUGGUGCAUCCGAAGCAACGGGGAAAUCCUAUCCUCAAAUCGAUCCUAAAUGUACCGCUGGAAUUUCGAGAUGAUAUUGUGCCCGACUAUGUUGUCGGUCGUACCACUUGUGUGCUUUAUUUGUCGCUUAAGUACCACAAUUUGAAUCCAGAUUACAUCUGUCAGCGACUGAAGAUUUUGGGCAAGAUGUAUGAGCUUCGGGUCCUGCUCGUGCAGGUAGACACAGCGGAACCACACAAUGCAUUGAAGAGCCUCACCCGCAUAGCUCUGCUGGCAGACCUUACGGUGAUGCUGGCCUGGAACGCAGAGGAGGCGGGCAAGCUGAUUGAGACCUACAAACAGUUUGAGAAACGUGCGCCGGAUUUGAUUAUGGAGCGCGUGGAAUCGAAACCAUACCAAAAGCUGGUGGCCGCUCUCACUAAUAUUAAACCGGUCAACAAAACGGAUGCUGUAACGCUGCUGCAAAAUUUUGGGAACUUGGAGAACCUCAUCAAUGCCGGCGAGGAACGCCUUUCGCAGGUUAUGGGUUUGGGGCCGCGCAAGGCUAAAAAGUUGUAUAAAACGCUGCAGGAACCGUUUCUCAGCAAAUAAACGGAUCCUCUCAUUUCUA